AUGGCUAGGGAGCAGUUUAAUUCAAAUAUAAGUUCUGCUUCAUCAAAUAAUUCAAAAGCCGCAAUCAUAGAAGAAUAUACCCCACAUGAUCAACAACUACCAGAUAUGGAGGAUCAACAAUCAGUAGCUACAAGUGAACAUCGUCAUUUUAAAGAAUCAGACGCCGGAGAUGGAACAAAAAGAGAAGAUCAAUAUAUUCAUGGAUUUCAACUAGUAAUGUGUUUUGUUUCAUUAUUCUUAUGUUUAUUCUUAUUUGCAUUAGAUCAAACGAUUGUUGCUACUAUAAUAUCAACUGUUGGUAAUCAAUUUAAUCAAUUUGAGAACAUUGGAUGGUUAUCUUCUGGAUUCUUAUUAGCUAUGGCUGUAUUUAUUCAACCUUUUGGAAAAUUAUCGAUUAUUUUUGGAAGAAAGUGGACAAUGGUUGUAGCUAUUGUUAUCUUUGAGGGUGCAUAUACUAGAUGA